CUUGUUCACUUCCGCAAUGUGAGUUAAAGGGACUGAAGCUCAAUUUUCCCCCGGUUGGAGCCCUGCAUCCUUCGGAAAAGAGAUCCCAUCAUCCACCACAGGAACGAUACAGAGAGAGAGAGAGAGAGAGAGAGAGCAGAAGCCGGGGAGGAGACCUCAGCUGCCCGGUGCACAGCGGGAGUCUCCCCGCAGGGCAAGCCGCGAACAUGACUGCAGACGUGGCUGUGUCUCUGUCGAUGCUGGUGGGGAUUGUUGCUCUAUGCGAGGUGGCCCGCAGGUUGUUGACACGGGCCCUAACGGACACCGGGCUCUCUGUGUACGCGGUGGAGCUCGUGUCCACCUUCCAGCUAUGCUGCUGCACGCACGAGCUGAAGCUUCUAUCAGAGGUGGGCGGGAUCGAACCUCGCCUCGCGCUCACCUUGACGUACCUGGGGGCUGUGGUGCACGGGCUCACAUUCAGCGGGGCUAUAGGAAACCCCUCCGGUGCGCUCGAGCACGCGUACCACGCGAGGCUCUCGGGCGGGUGCGCACUGCGGAGGAUCGCGUGCCAGUUCACUGCUGCCGCCGCUGCACGAGCUGCGGUGCCGGUGAUGUGGGGUGUGGGUUUGUCGGGGCUGCACGUGAGGCACAAGCUCCUCGGUUACCGGUGCAUCAGCCCCGUUCACGCGCCCCUUUCCAAAGCGGCCGCAGUGGAGCUCGCGUGCGCCUUUGUGGUUCAGACUGCCAUCACGCGCACGAGAUCCGUGGAGGAGAAAUACCGCGUGCACGCUGUAGCUGCGGUCAUCGCCACAGUGGUUUAUGCAGGUGGCAGUGUGACAGGAGCAGUGUUUAACCCUGCGUUGGCCUUCUCCACUCAGUUCCCCUGCAGUGGGAACUCCUUCCUGGACUACUGCCUGGUCUACUGGCUGGGCCCGCUGCUGGGUAUGAUGAGCUCAGUGCUGCUGUUUGAUAAACUCGUCCCUCUGAUGUCGAGAAACUCACCGUCUCCUCAUCUCCCCCUGGACACAAAGAAGAGGACAUGAGACUCAGCGAGCAGAUUUUCAGACCCGGAGCACAAGAGCAGCACAUGUUGUUUCUGACAGACCUGCAGCUGAUCUCAGACAUCACAAGUUAGAAAAAAGAAGAACAGCACUGAUAUGCACUUUUUUUUUAGACUUUAUAAUGAAUCAUCCUGAUGACAGGAGGUCUUUAGGAUGGUUUCACCUCAAAAGCACAUCUUAGUAGCUAAAUAGAAAACUAAAGAUACUAUCUGACAGUUAUUUUUACUUUGAAACUGCAGAGUCUGAACUCUUAGAGGGGUUUUGUCAUCUAAACUAAAAGAAACAAGCAGUUUCCUUUGAGUUUACCAUCAGACAUGUCAACACUUUUUAAAAUCAUCUCCAACUUUUCAAACACUGAAUGUUAAAUAUCUGUCAUUGUAAAUACCAACAUACAGUAUGCUUCAUACCUGCAUGAUUCUGAUGUUUAGGUUGAUGACAGCAUGUUGAUGAGAGAGGAUGCACACAGCUGAUUAAAACACACAAACAUUUUAAUUUCUGGUGGUGAAUCAACUCUUUUACUUCCAGUAUUGUUAAAGUGAGCAUAGUUCUUUUUGUGUGUAUAUAUGUUAAACAUUUAUAAUAAGUUCUCAGUAUGAUCAGAGAUUUAUUAUAUACUGUACUCUCCUUGACAAGUGAUGCAUAGAGAUUAUAAAUACUAUAGUUAUUCUGUGACGUUCCCGAGCAGAGCACAGAGUAGUAAUGUUCACUGUGUGUUAGUGUAGCACAGAUGUAACUGGUGCCUUUAAAUUCUCUGUAAAAAAAAACCCAACUGUGUUUUAUGUGGAUGUAACUGUGAAAUCCUGAGUGUUGAAUAACCAUUUUUAAUCAUGUCUAAUUAAUAAUACUGACAGCACUUUGGUCACGACUGAAAUCCACAGGAUCUGGUUCUUCCAAAGUAAUCCACCAGGAUUAAAGGGAUUGGAUCAAAUCUUUAAAUCUGGUUGUUGAAAAAAAAAAAAAAAAGGAUGUUUUCGGAUAAAAUAAGGUGAUCCCACUAAUAUGACACUAAUGUCUACCUCAUCUAGGAAGCAAUAUAGCAUUCUACUGAAAAUGUAUUUAAUAAAUGUUUUAAAAUAUCUUCUAACAAAUUUGAAAAGUGUCUUACAUUGUUCUCUCCCUGUAUUCCACUGAAUCCUCUGCUGGGAUUUAGAAAAACCCAAUCCUACUCAAAAGUUUAGAACAACAAAAACUGGAGGUUUGAUCCCGUAAUCCUGAUCCCAUAAUCCAGAACCUGAUUUUAAGAUUUGAUCCUACCUGAUAGCUUUAAUCCUGGUGGUACACUACGAUACGAUGCAAUAGGACACGAUACAAAAGGAGGACGUGAUACGAUACUUUAUUGUCCCCUUGCGGUCAUUUGUUCAUUUCAGCGUCUUUUGCACUAAUAUUUGAUUUAGUCUUGUGCAUAUUAGUCUUUGUUUUUAAUUUUGAAUGUUAUACUUUGUACACAGAGAGCACAUUUUAUUGAAUUCAAAUCCUGGCCAAUAAAGCCGAUUCUGACUCAUCUUGGACUUCAAGGAUUUAAUUACUUCUGAACAAUCAGGCCUUCAUGCAUAAGUACCAGCAUGUGAUAUUUUUGGUAGAGGUUUUACAGAAAAAUCUGUAAGUGACUUUGAGAAACAACGUGCACAAAGGAUCCGAAUGUGUGUGUGUGUGUGUGUGUGUGUGUGUGUGUGU